AUGGGAAGUUUGCCUGUACAUCGAUGCACUCCUGCUCCUGCUUUCAAGCAUAGCGGUUUAGACUAUGGGGGACCUUUUAAAGUACGUGCCACAAAAGGACGUGGUGCUCGCAGCUUGAAAGGCUACGUCGCUCUUUUCGUAUGCCUCAGUACACGCGCAAUCCACUUAGAGCUGGUAAGCGAUAUGACCACGGAAGCGUUUUUGGCGGCACUUCGGAGAUUCUUUUCUCAACGAGGAUACUGCUCCGACUUAUACAGCGAUUGUGCCACAACUUUUGUUGGCGCCAACGCCUGUUUAAAAGAAGACCUCGUCGCAUUCCGAAAUCAACUCGAAGCAGGUGCACGAUCGGUUGCAGCCAAUAACAUAUCAUGGCAUUUCAUUCCGCCGGGUCUCCAAACUUCGGAGGUGUAUGGGAAGCAGGCAUCAAAAGCUGUUUUAAAUUCAAGGCCCAUCUCGGCUAUAUCCGAUGAUCCAACGGACUUUACGGCUUUGACCCCUGGCCAUUUUUUGGUGGGCGGACCACUGAUUGCACUUCCUGAACCUAAUAUUUUGGAUAUAAAGGUGGGACGACUAACAAAAUGGAGGCAACUACAACAAAUGCAACAGGAUUUCUGGAAAAGGUGGAGUGCGGAAUAUUUGCACGAACUUCAGGCGCGUCACAAAUGGCAGAUCACAAAAGCUAACAUAAAAGUAGGUAACUUGGUGUUGGUUCGAGACGAGCGAGCUCCUCCUACGCAAUGGAUGUUGGGACGUGUUCUCGAAGUUCACGCUGGCGAUGACGCAGCGGUUCGAGUAGCCACC